GGCGGUCACGUGACCGGGCUCUCCUUUGCUUACCAAGAUGGCGGUGUGUAUCGCGGUGAUCGCCAAAGAGAAUUACCCGCUCUACAUCCGGAGCAUCCCUGCGGAGCAUGAGCUGAAGUUCCAUUAUACAGUGCACACGUCUCUCGAUGUGGUAGAUGAGAAGGUCUCUGCCAUGGGAAAGGCCCUCGUGGAUCAGAGGGAGCUCUACCUGGGACUCCUGUACCCCACCGAAGACUACAAAGUGUAUGGCUAUGUGACGAAUUCCAAGGUGAAGUUUGUUAUGGUGGUGGAUUCCUCCAACACAGCGCUUCGAGACAACGAGAUCCGCAGUAUGUUUCGAAAGCUACAUAAUUCCUACACAGAUGUCAUGUGCAACCCCUUCUAUAACCCUGGAGAUCGUAUUCAUUCUAGGGCCUUUGAUAACAUGGUGACUUCCAUGAUGGUGCAGGUUUGUUGAGAGAGAGUAUAGUUUACAGUUAAUUCUGAAGAAUGCUGUUUUGUACAGAACUGUAUUGUGCAGAUGUGUGUAUAUAUUGCCUCCUCCUAUGUAUAAUAUGAAAGCCGCUCUCUUUGGAUGGCCCAAAACUCUUGUGUAAAGUGGAAGACUAUAUAAAGUUUAUUUCAAUAAAAAGUUGAAUCUGUUGAA